AUGUCCAACAUCUUCUGGAAGAACUUCCAUCUGUGCUUCUCCAGAUUCAUGUGCCUACCCACAACCCUAUCCCCAACUUCACCUUCGGAAAAAGAUCAUAACCCACCACCUAUUAACCCCACCAGAUCAACCCUAGUGAAAAAUUUCAAUUCCCUCUAUGACCUUGCUUCUUCUUCCACCUCCAAGUCUCUCACCUCUUCCACUGAUGACUUCUUCUCUUCAUCGGACGAUUCUGAUACUGACUCCUUACCGGACAUCACCACUGUAUUCGCCUCUCAACGCUUCUUUUUCUCCUCCCCCGGCCGGUCCAACUCAAUCAUCGAGUUGCCGGACUCCCAACCGGAGUCUGACACACUAGUCGCCGGCGGCGUCGCCAUUCACACCUUCUCUCCUGACCCUUAUAGUGACUUCCGGAAAUCAAUGCAGGAUAUGGUGGAAGCACGUGGGGUAGUGGAUAUAAAGGCUGAUUGGGACUUCUUGCAUGAGCUUCUCUCUUGUUACCUAACCCUGAACCCUAAACAAACCCACAAGAUCAUUGUCAGUGCUUUUGCAGAUCUUAUAGUUUCUCUAAUGUCAUCAACAACCACCAACCAUUGCCGGAAAUCCAAGGAGCAACACCAACGUACCACAUCAUGCCCGUUGGUAUAA